UUGUCCAUUUGUUUUUCUUUAGAUGGAGAUAACCUUGUACUCCAUUCACGUUGCAUAUACAGCUCAGACUAUAAACAUGACAUGCUCCACCUAGAGGUUUACACUUAUGACAAAAUGAAGUUUCUUCAGUACAACAGCACUCUUGGAAAGUAUGAGGGAUACACUGACUUUGGCAUCAAAAAUGCUAAUUAUCUUAACAAUAACACUGCAGUAAUGCAAAACUUAAAAGCUGACAUGGAAAAAUUUUGUAAGGUAAAUGCUGGAAAUUACUACAAUGAUGUUUAUACUAAAACAGUUACGCCAAAGAUUGAAGUGAAAUUACUGAAGAAGUCAGAUGGUUCCCAUCCAGCAAUACUGAUGUGCAGUGCUUACAGCUUUUACCCUCCGAAUAUUGAGGUGACCUGGUUGAGAGACGGUAAAGUGAUUAAAGGUGGGGUGACCUCCACUGAGGAGAUGCCUGAUGGAGACUGGUACUACCAGAUCCACUCUCACCUGGAGUACAUGCCUCAAUCUGGAGAGGAAAUCACCUGUGUGGUACAGCAUGCCAGCUCCUCAAAACCCUUGACCAAACAUUGGGAUCCCUCUGUUACUGAGCCUGACAGGGGUAAGAUCGCUAUCGGAGCUUCAGGUCUGGUGUUGGGGAUCAUCCUAUCAGCUGCUGGAUUCAUCUACUAUAAGAAGAAAUCAUCAGGACGGAUCUUGGUGCCAUCCUAAAUGCCAGUAAAUCCUACUGUUUCUGAGAUGCCGGCAAGUGUGUGGAGGCAAAAUGUGUGUGAAGGUUUACUUGAGUUUUUAAUUAAUAUUUAAAAGCUGUUUUAUAUCUAUAUGUAAAUUAUAAAUGAAACAAUUGGUGCAUGCUGUUACUUUGUAAGAUAUCGAUGAAACAGAAGUUUGAUUGAAUGAUUUAUCAUUAUUUAUAAAUGUUUUAUCACAUUGGCUUUCUAAAAACAGACACUACAUUUUAUUUACCUUAAUGUACUGCCUUCU